CCCAACACAUUGAUGUAAAUAUACAGUGAAAAAGCUAUGAGUGCAAAUUUCUGAUCAUCCAAGUUCUUAAACGAAAUAGGAAGACACAAUUGAGAUACAUAGAAUAGACUCGAAGAUAUCAAGCGCAGCCGAGCUCAGAUACAGAAAUCAUGAUCUCGCAGUUCUUCGUCUUGUCUCAGCGAGGCGAUAAUAUCGUUUUUCGCGAUUAUCGUGGUGAGGUACCAAAAGGAAGUACGGAGAUCUUUUUCCGCAAAGUCAAGUUCUGGAAGGAGGAUGGACAAGAGGAGGCACCACCUGUCUUUAAUGUGGAUGGCGUUAACUACUUCCACGUGAAGGUUGUUGGACUGUUGUUUGUUGCAACCACAAGAGUUAAUGCAUCACCUUCUCUUCUAUUGGAGCUUCUACAAAGGAUUGCUCGUGUUAUUAAGGAUUAUCUUGGUGUUCUCAAUGAAGAUUCACUUAGGAAAAACUUUGUUCUUGUCUAUGAGUUGCUUGACGAAGUCAUUGACUUUGGUUAUGUGCAAACAACAUCCACUGAAGUGUUGAAAUCCUAUGUGUUUAAUGAGCCCAUUGUGAUCAGUGCUGCACGUCUACAAACUCUUGAUCCUGCUGCCAUCUUUAGGCAAGGGAUUAAGAGAAUGCCUGGAACAGCUGUGACAAAAUCUGUUGUGGCAAAUGAACCUGGGGGCCGGAAGAGAGAAGAAAUUUUUGUAGAUAUAAUAGAAAAGAUCAGUGUCACAUUCAGCUCUAGUGGAUAUAUAUUGACCUCUGAGAUUGACGGCACCAUUCAAAUGAAGAGUUACCUGUCUGGCAAUCCAGAAAUCCGAUUAGCUCUUAAUGAUGAAUUGAGCAUAGGACGAGGGGGGACAUCAACAUAUGAUUAUAGGACUUCAUAUGGGUCAGGAAGUGUGAUACUUGAUGAUUGCAAUUUUCAUGAGUCUGUUCAUCUUGAUAGUUUUGACAUAGACAGAACUUUGACUCUGGUUCCACCAGAUGGUGAAUUCCCUGUUAUGAAUUACCGAAUGACCAAGGAAUUCAAGCCUCCUUUCCGUAUCAAUGCACUGAUUGAAGAGGCAGGAUCUCUUAAGGCUGAAGUGAUUCUCAAAGUAAGUGCUGAGUUUGCCACAAAUAUUUCAGCAAACACAGUUGUGAUAGAGAUGCCACUGCCAAAAUAUACUACCAGGGUUAGUUUCGAGUUAGAAUCUGGGGCUAUCGGGCAGAGGACAGAUUUCAAAGAAGCAAACAAGAGGCUUGAAUGGUGUUUGAAGAAGAUUUUUGGAGGGGGUGAACAUACUCUACGUGCGAAGCUGACAUUUUCGCAGGAAGUUCAUGGAAAUAUCACAAAAGAAGCUGGACCAGUUAGCAUGACAUUCACCAUACCUAUGUAUAACGCUUCUGGGCUUCAGGUUAAAUACCUACAGAUUGCAAAGAAAUCAGCCAACUACAAUCCAUAUCGAUGGGUGAGAUAUGUUACUCAGUCGAAUUCCUAUGUUGCUAGGUUAUGAAAUGAUGCCAAUAAAGUCUUCUUACGAAGUUGGGCGAUGUUGUUGUUUGGAACAAAGUGUAUAUCAUAAUUUAGUUAUACAUCUAAACAGUAGAGUCUCUUUCCUCCCUGCUGCAUUUGUUGGUUAUAUAAUCUUUGUACUGUCAUGUUUUUUGGUCAAAUUUCUAUCCUCUUAGCAAUGUGCUUAGACUUUAUACAGUGAUUCUCUCAUGACUUUUUUGCUGUCCAUGAACAGUUUUCUUUCAAGCUAAAUGAAAAAAAAAAAAAAAAAAAAAAAUGGAAAGAAAAUGAGAGGAGCUAUCAGUGUUGCUCCUCCAUCUAGACCUUA